AGGAACUUUGGGGUCCCGUGCUCUAGAUGCUGGGGCUAGGGCUAGGGCGAGUUCCCCUCGUGCGGUCCGGAGAAGACCUGGAGUGGAAUGAGGCUCUGCUGUCUGAGGUCCUGGUCCUGCGGGUCCGGCCCUCCCGCGCCGCCCACGCAGGGCCCACAAGGCGGAGACCCGACCACCCCCGGCCUUGGGGGCGGAGCUUGGCCACUGUGCUCUCAGCGGAAUCAUGAGCCGUUGCCCCCGCAGGUGCAGGAGCCCAUUGGGGCAGGCAGCACGAUCCCUCUACCAGCUGGUGACUGGGUCGCUGUCGCCAGACAGCGUGGAGGAUGACUUUGAACUGUCCACCGUGUGUCACCGGCCCGAGGGUCUGGAGCAGCUGCAAGAGCAAACCAAGUUCACUCGCAAAGAAUUGCAGGUCCUGUACCGAGGCUUCAAGAACGAAUGUCCCAGCGGAAUUGUCAGUGAGGAGAACUUCAAGCAGAUUUACUCCCAGUUCUUUCCUCAAGGAGACUCUAGCACAUAUGCCACUUUUCUCUUCAAUGCCUUUGACACCAACCAUGAUGGCUCAGUCAAUUUUGAGGACUUUGUGGCUGGUUUGUCAGUGAUUCUUCGGGGAACCAUAGAUGACAGGCUGAACUGGGCCUUCAACCUGUAUGACCUCAACAAGGACGGCUGCAUCACCAAGGAGGAAAUGCUUGAUAUCAUGAAGUCCAUCUAUGACAUGAUGGGCAAGUAUACGUAUCCUGCACUCCGAGAGGAGGCCCCAAGGGAACAUGUGGAGAGCUUCUUCCAGAAGAUGGACAGGAAUAAGGAUGGCGUGGUGACCAUUGAGGAAUUCAUUGAAUCUUGUCAAAAGGAUGAGAACAUCAUGAGGUCCAUGCAGCUCUUUGACAAUGUCAUCUAGCUCACCAGGAGAGGGGGUCAGUUGUCCUGGGGGGGCCAUGCUCUAGCCCUAGUCCAGUUGGACCUCAUCUUUCUCUUCCUAGCUCUCUCCUCACCCUAGACCUGCCCUAGGGCCUGUAGGAAUCCAAGAGCCUGGGAAUUCAGUGGUUCAGAUCAUUGGAGCCGAAGGAGCCAGGGAGUGGGCAGAGUGUAUCAGCUGGUAUUCCCAAUUCCCAACAGCUCCCACUCCCUCCCUGACUGUGCUGAGGAUGCCCCUGCUGAAGGAAUUACGUGGUUCUCCACCUCCAGCCCCCACUCUAGAAACCACAACACUAGACAAAAUUUCUCCUGUUAUGGUGCUUCUCCCAUCCCUGAUAUCAUAAACAUUUUCCUUAAGACUCCCUUCUCAGACAGGUUGCUCUGUCCUUGGCACUUGACUGGCCUUUCAGACCAGGGCCUCAGAGAGCUCCCUAGGAGAGGGACAAGGGAGAACUCUCAGGCUUCAGGCAAUGGUUAAGUCCUAGGAAGUAGCUGGAGUGUAAAGCAGAAAGGCCUAGAGAUGGUGAGAGCUAAGGCUAUGACUCUGAGCUCCACAGGUCUGCCACCAGAAUAUGAGUUUCCAGGCUCUUUAGAAGACCUUGGCUCCUUAGAAACACCCCAGAAAUUUUCCAUACAAUGUUCAGUAUGCCAAGAGAUCCUGGGAUCGUGAAGUCUGGCUCAUCCCUAGAAUUUUUCUCUCUCCUUCCUUCCUGUUUGUAUGGUGGCAGCAGAAGAAUAU